UUUAAAUAAAGUUUAAGUAGUUUAAUUUAAACAAGAUGGCGGCGCCCCACGAACAACGCGUAUUUUGAAAAGAGAACGCAUAUCAUUGGAAUAAAUUGGAAACUUUAAAGAAGAACUGUACACAUAUUUGGUAACCGUAAGUGGACCUAAUGGGUACCCCAGUGAAGAGUGCUAGUAAAAAGGAUGGCAAAAAGCCCAUUCGAGUCAAAACGUUGUUCACGUCCCCUUUUCCGCAAAAGUGGAGCCCGCUUCCUCAAAAAGACAUGCAUUUCAUCCUAACAACCUUAAAAGAAAAACUAAUUUCCGUAGGGCUUGAGAAGAAGGAGGUAAAGGUGUUCCGACCUUGGAGGAAAAAAAGAAAUCCAGCACCCCCGUCUGCUUCGGUUUCUGACGCCAAUAAGGUGGAAGAUUCGCCCAAAGGAGGAUGGACAGAUCUGGCUGCGAGGCGACAACUCGCACUGGGCAUCAACGAGGUUACCAAAGCGCUUGAGAGGAACCAACUCCAACUAGUGCUGGUGUGCAAGUCAGUCAAGCCCAAGCACAUGACCAACCACCUGAUAGGUCUAAGUGCGAGCAGAGGCGUCCCUGCCUGCCAGGUUCCCCGGCUGAGCGAGAGCGUGGCUGAGCCGCUGGGCCUAAAGAGCGUCCUGGCUCUGGGUUUCAGGCGUGGCGGUCUCCAAGCCAAAGACGAGGUGUUCACUGACAUUGUGGAAGCCAUCAUACCAAAGGUACCCUCACUUGACGUCGCUUGGCUGCAAGAUGUGGCACCCAGUGUCGGAUUGCAAGGCAAUAUUACUGCAAAAGAGGAGGAGGUGGAAAAGAGGACAGGCCUAAAAAGGAAAAUGGAGCCUGAGGUUGAACUCCAAGAGUCUUCUUCAAUUUCUACGCUGCAGCCCCUCAUUGUGAAAAAAAUCGUAUCGAACCCAGCUAAGAAAAAAAGAAAGCGGAAGCAGAAGCAAGCCAAGUGAAAAUUCAUUCCUACUUUAUUUUUUUAUUUUUUUGUCCAACCAGUGAACGAUUCGUCUUUCACAGAGGAUGUCACUUAAAGCAUUUUUCUAUUCUGAAAGUCCAUAACCAACCAUGCAAAAUGCUGAAGACGCUAAAGUGUGUUUUGUGGUUUUUAAUACACAUACACACAAUAUUUUUCUUUGCUAUGAUUUGGGACAUUUAGAAGUGAAAAUGUAUGAAUAAAUGCUCACUGUGCCAAAUACCUACUUGUUUUCAAGUAAAUUCAUUACCACUAUAAAAUUUAAAAAAUCGUCCGAAUAGCAUUAUGCAUUAGGGAUGUCCAGAUCACAUAUUUUUGCAUGCGAAUCAGUCACCUGAUUUUCAGGAUCUGCAUACUACCGAGACCUGAUCCGAUAUCUCAGAAUGUAUUAAACACACAUCCAGAUGCCACCCCCCCAAAUUGAACAAAGUUUAGUAUGUACAUUGAACGUAUUACUACUUAUAGUACAUUU